AUGAUCCUGAUUAGAGGGCAGGUACUAGAGGUGACAGUGGAUGAGGUGCAUCGAGCGGUGCAGGAGAUAGAGAGGGGACAGCAGAUGAGGUUCAUCGAGCGGUGCAAGAGACAGAGAGGCGUCAAGUUGGUGGACAUCUGUCUCGAGUCGCAGGUCGUGCGCAUGUUGGGGAGUGCCACGCUAGCCCCGCCCUCCCCCCUCACUCUCCUCGUUCCCGCUCACCCCCUCUCUCUUCUCCCACCAGGAGUCAAGCUGGUGGACAUCAGUCUCGAGUCGCAGGUGGUGCGCGUGGCGUCAAGCUGGUGGACAUCAGUCUCGAGUCGCAGGUGGUGCGCGUGUUGGGGAGUGCCACGCUGGCCCAGCUGGAGGAGGCACAAGAGCGGCCGCAAGGCGCGGCUGAUCGGCCAGGGCGACCCAUCUCAGCUGGCUCUCACAGCAGCAGUGGCGGAGUUCAAGGGGCCGGUGAUCCACGGUGUAGUGCGGUUCGCUCAGGUGAGCAUGGAGGAGGUGCGGGUGGAAGCACAGUUUGACGGCCUCUCCCCCUCCACCGCCCAUGCGUGGGCUGUCAACGAGUACGGGGACCUCACCAGGGGAGCCGACAGCACUGGCCGGUGCUACCCGGGGGAGGCGUCAUCUGCUGCUGCUGCUGCUGCUGCUGCUGAUGGGCCUGCAGGCGACCUGGGAGUUCUGAACGCGGACGACAAGGGCCAUGCAUCCUAUGCAGCCCCCAGCACGCGCCUCAAGGUGUGGGACCUCAUAGGCCGGGCCGUGGCGGUGUAUGACGGGGCUGACAGGAGCAACAGCAAGGGGCUGGCAGCAGCUGUGAUCGCACGCAGUGCAGGUGUGGGGCAGAACUACAAGUCGCUGUGCUCCUGUGAUGGCACCAUCAUCUGGGAGGCCACUCCCAGUGACUAUGUGCAGCAGAAGUAG